AUGGCGCCAUCAAUCAUCCAUCUUUUUUCCGACAUCAUUACAUCCCAGUCCCACACAACUAGUCUACUCUCGGCGAGAUCGUCCACGUCCCCGACAACGCAAAAUGACACUGGUCUAUCGAAUGCAGAAAAAGUCACACUUUAUGUCAUUGCCGCCCUCGUAGCUAUUCUCAUCAUGGCGGGGAUGGCAUUUGCCAUUUUUCGCACGCGGCGCUGCCACGCGGGCAAUUUGCAACCAUCGAGUUUGUCGCGGGCUUUUCUCAAAUCGAUUCCUCUCAUUCAGUACGAAGGCUCGAGAGAUGAGAAAUCACAAACGCUCACAGAGGCUCCUUAUUUGGUGAACUCUGUUCGAUCUGAAUGUCAGGGUCCGGUUCCUCCAUCGAGCCUGGCCGAGAGAAUCAUGUCCAUCUUGAAAACGGCAGACUCUGUUUGUGCUAUCUGCACGGAUGAGUUUGUCAAGGGCCAACUUCUUCGUGUUUUGCCUUGCGCACAUGUCUUUCACCAGACUUGUGUAGAUGAAUGGCUGGUUCAGCAAUCGCGGACAUGUCCGUCUUGCCGGUAUGAGCUCAGGUCCCCCUCUCAAGAGCAAGAGGCGAUGACGGAAAAGACGAAGGGCUCCCACGACCUUGAAAGGGGACCGCCACGUGUUGCAGAUGGCUCUGAUCCGCAGCCUCGUUGGGCCCAAAGAUUGUGGUCCUUCCUCAGGAGGCAGGGUCGGAAGCUCACGCUGACGAUGAGAGAGCUUUUCGUGCGUCUUCUCCUCGGGUGGAAGCGGGUUUUUGCGUACGUCCAAGGACUAGAAAAGCAUGAUGCGGGAAGGAACGAAGUCUAUCCGAUGAACCAGCAGGACUCAGAUUGCGGAUCGCCAGAGAGUGAGGAAAAUGUCAUUCUACUAAUCGUGGUAGUUCAAACAGCUGAUACAGUGCUGGAGUUCUCUGUUCGUCCAACAGCCGAUUUCGCCAACAUGACUAGAGAAGGGGCCUUGAUUCUCAAGAGCACUGGGCAGUCGGCCGCGGCGCAGCAGGGUAAACUGUCCACGAGGCAUUGUAACAAAUACCCCAUGACCGCGGAAGAUGCCUGGAGAUCAGGUGGCGGGGUCGCUGGCUCUAAGAGCACCAGCUUGACGAAGGCCACCGCAAAGGUACCGGAGUCUGGCCACUCGCUUGCCGGAUCAGUGAAUUGGACUUUCACUUCCGAGUCGCCUGCGACGGCUGAACCUCCGUCAAAUCAUGGCUCAUCAAUCGUACUCAGAGAGGCAUCCUCUCUCAUUCGAGUCGUCCACACGGAUCUGACCCGCCGAGCAGGCAAAAGACUCAGGCCUUUAAUGCGCCACCUCCCACUUGGAUCUGACAGCAAACAGGUCAUGCUCAUGCCGGCUCGAAGCAUUGCGAUCUCAAGCGACCACCCAACGUUAAAAACUUCCCGACGCCAAGCGGAUGAGCCGCAGACGGCGCGCGGGCAUGUUCCCGAGCUGCUUUGGCGAAGUUUGGCCGUUGCGUUGCGCAAGAGAUCAGGUGGAACUGAUGAGACCCGGCCAAAGCCAAUUGUGGGGAGGCCGGAUCCACCGACGAUGGACGCUUGUUGCUCGUCAUGGACAUGGAUCCGUCAUCGUUAUGCUCUCCACCGCGGAAAGCGAUGCUGCGAUGGAGAGGUGGAGCAGCAGAAGGUUUUAAGGACGGGCGACCUUAACUGGCGGGCACAUCCCUGCCGGUCCUCAGCCCGCAGCUCUCCGCAGCUCCGCUCAGUCAGCAGCCUCCGGCGUAUUACCGUCAGUGUGAUCCGCCUGGAACAAGCGGACUCGGAUAUCAUCAACCUGGAGGUGGGCGGCGAUAUGACGGUCGAACUCCUCAAAGCGAUUGUUGAAAGUGAAACUUCGAUCCCCCCGGAAGCUCAACAACUGGUUUUCAAUAAUCAGCUUCUAGUCAACCCGGCACAGACUCUCGACCAAGCAGGUAUCGGCGAGGGGGACAUGCUCGGUGUCCACCUCAAUCUACGCAACCCUCAAGGCUCCCAAUCCUCCCAGAGCUCCUCCCCCGCUGCUGCUGCUGCCGCCGCUGACAACUCUUCCACUCCCGGCACCAGUGUUGCGCCACGUCGACAAGCGGCCCCCCGGCCAGGCAUGCCCGACUCUGAAACCAUCCGACUCCAUAUCCUUGGCGACCCACGUGUUCGUGAGGCGGUGCGCCGACAAAAUCCGGAGCUGGCGGCGGCCGCAGACAAUGCGCAACAAUUCCGAACCGUCUUGAUGGAGCAGCAGCAGCGCGAAGCGCGUGCCGAGGCAGAGAAAGAAGCACGGAUUGCGAUGUUGAAUGCCGAUCCAUUCAACCCUGAUAACCAACGGGAAAUUGAAGAGAUCAUUCGCCAGAAUGCGGUUACGGAAAAUCUGCAUAAUGCCAUGGAGCAUCAUCCUGAAUCUUUCGGUCGUGUCACGAUGCUCUAUAUCCCCGUCGAAGUGAACGGACAUCGAUUGAAUGCCUUUGUCGACUCCGGUGCUCAGGUUACGAUCAUGUCUCCCGACUGUGCCACGGCCUGUAAUGUCAUGCGUCUGGUGGAUCGACGGUACGGUGGCAUUGCCCAGGGCGUUGGUACUGCCCCCAUUAUGGGUCGCGUGCAUUCUGCACAGAUCAAGAUUGGCGAAAUGUUCCUGCCUUGCUCCUUUACCGUGAUGGAAGGCAAGCAGAUCGAUCUGCUCCUGGGUCUGGACAUGUUGCGUCGGCACCAGGCCUGCAUCGACUUGAAGAAAGGUGCGUUGAUCAUUCAGGAUCAAUCCGUGCCGUUCCUCGCCGAGGCCGACAUCCCCAAGCGAUUCCUGGAGCCGUUCGAGGACGAGCCCAAGGUAAAGGGGGCAGAUGGGGCGGAAAUUGGCGCGCGCACUGGCGCAGUCACGCAUCAAGCUGGAGGGUCGUCUUCCAGUGGGUCAGCUCCGUCACAGCAGCCACCAUUGCAGCAGCAGCAGCAGCAAGGCACGACAGCACCCAAGAUCAAUAUUCGCCCUGCGCCCACCGCCCGGUGGCCACAAGACUCUAUCGCCAAAAUUGUGGAGCUGGGCUUCACACGCGAGGAGGCGGCACGAGCGCUGGACGCCGCGAAUGGAGAUUUAGACGGCGCAAUCGGAUUCUUGCUCUGA